AUGUCGAAGAGCAGGAGCUCGGAGGCGGUGAAGGUGGUGGUGCGCUGCCGACCCAUGAAUGAGUGGGAGAAGGCGGCCAGCUUCCAGAAAGUGGUGUCAGUAGACGUGAAGCUGGGGCAGGUCACUGUGAGGAACCCCAAGGGGGCAGCUCAAGAGCACCCCAAAGUGUUCACCUUUGACUCGGUCUACGACUGGGACUCUCGGCAGGUGGAGCUGUAUGAUGAGACCUUCCGGCCGCUGGUGGACUCAGUGCUGCUGGGCUUUAAUGGCACCAUCUUUGCAUACGGCCAGACGGGCACAGGGAAGACCUACACCAUGGAGGGGGUGCGCAAUGACUCGGAGAGGAGGGGAGUGAUCCCCAACUCCUUUGAGCACAUUUUCACACACAUAUCUCGCUCCCAGAACCAGCAGUACCUGGUGAGAGCCUCGUACCUGGAGAUCUACCAAGAGGAAAUACGGGACCUGCUGUUCAAGGACCAGGUGCGCAGACUGGAGCUGAAGGAGAGGCUGGACACGGGCGUGUACGUCAAGGACCUGUCAUCCUACGUCACGAAGAGUGUCACAGAGAUAGAGCAUGUGAUGAACGUGGGGAAUCUGAACCGGUCGGUCGGGGCCACCAACAUGAAUGAGCACAGCUCCCGCUCCCACGCCAUUUUCAUCAUCACCGUCGAGUGCAGCGAGCUAGGCCCCGAUGGCCAGAACCACAUCCGGGUCGGCAAGCUCAACCUGGUGGACCUGGCAGGCAGCGAGAGGCAGAGCAAGACUGGUGUCCAGGGGGAGCGUCUGAAGGAGGCCACCAAGAUCAACCUGUCCCUCUCCACUCUGGGAAAUGUCAUCUCUGCGCUGGUGGAUGGCAGGAGCUCUCACGUUCCCUACCGUGACUCCAAGCUCACCCGGCUCCUGCAGGACUCCCUUGGGGGCAACGCCAGGACCGUGAUGGUGGCCAACAUUGGCCCGGCCUCUUACAACGUGGAGGAAACCCUCACCACCCUGCGUUACUCCAACCGCGCCAAGAACAUCAAGAACAGGCCUCGCGUUAACGAGGACCCUAAGGAAGCCCUGCUGCGGGAGUUUCAGGAGGAAAUCGUGCGGCUGAAGGAGCAGCUGGAGAAACGCCUGGGGAUGAGGAGGAGGCGCCAGAGACACAGGCUUGGGGAUGGAGGGGAGGAGCAGGAGGAGGAGGAAGAAGAGGAGGAUGAGGAGGAUGAAGAGGAUGGGGAUGAGAGCGCAGCGGGAGAUGCAGAAUAUUGGCAGGAGCAGCAGGAGCAGCUAGAGAGGGAGUGCAGAGCCAUCAUGGAGGAUCACAGCCUGGUGGCAGAGGAGAAGUUGAGGCUGCUGGGAGAGAAGGAGAGAAAGAUGGAGGAUCUCCAGAGGGAGCGCGAAGCUGGGGAGAUGCUGGCAGCCAAAAUCAGGGCCAUGGAAAGCAAGCUGCUGGUUGGGGGCAGGAAUAUUGUGGACCACACCAAUGAGCAGCAGAAGAUUCUGGAGCAGAAACAACAGGAGAUUGCUGAGCAGAAACGUAGAGAGAAGGAGAUGCAGCAACAGGUGGAAACAUGGGAUGAGGAGACACUGGAGCUGAAGGAGACCUACAGCUCCUUGCAGCAGGAAGUGGACAUCAAGACCAAGAAGCUUAAAAAGCUAUUUGCAAAGCUGCAGGCUGUGAAAACUGAGAUCCAUGACGUCCAGGAGGAGCACAUUAAGAAACGUCAGGAGCUGGAGCAGACACAGAACAAGCUGACACGUGAACUUAAGCUCAAGCAGUUGAUCAUUGAGAACUUUAUUCCCAUGGAGGAAAAGGAUAAAAGUGUCCACAGGGCGUUUUUUGACGAAGAGGACAACUGCUGGAAGCUGAGGCCCAUUAUCCGAGUAGAAGAGAAUGAACAGAUGAUGAUGAGGCCAGUAUCCGCUGUCGGUUACAGGAGACCUCUGAGUCAGCACGCUCGCACAGCCAUGAUACUACGGCCAGACCCCAGAUACAGGGCUGAUAACAUUUUGCAGCUGGAACAGGACCUGCCCACCAGGAAUACCCGGGAUUACCUGGGGCCGGACAUCACUUCCAAGAUGGCCACCAUGCUGGAGGGUGUUGUGCGGGAUGAGGAUGACAUUGAGGUAGACGCCUCCGGUUUCCGUGGCAGCGGCCCCACCCCCACUGCCACAUGUGGCACCAGGAUGCCCAGGCCCAGGUGA